AUGGAGCUGAACCACACUUCCCUGCCGCCCGCGCAGUCCACCUUACCGGACGAGGAUCCCGGGUGUGUGAUGGACACCUCUGCUGCGGUCCUGGAUGGUGCCACGCUGCUCAUCUGCCCGUGCGGGCUGGUGGGAAAUGCCGCUGUCCUCUGGCUUCUCGGCUUCUGCAUUCGCAGGAAUCCUGUCACUGUCUACAUCCUCAACCUGGCCUUUGCAGACUUCAUCUAUCUCCUCUUCAUGCUCACCUCAGCCCUCUUAUACAUUGUGGAGGAUGUUUCCUGCUCGACUUUAAACUUCCUGGAAUACCAGAGGCCACUCUUCCUGCUGUCCCUCUUUGCCUACAACAUGGGCUUGUAUCUCCUGACAGCCAUCAGCAUUGAGAGGUGUGUGUCUGUCCUGUUCCCGCUCUGGUAUCGCUGCCGCCGCCCUGAGCGCCUGUCAGCCAUCAUAUGUGCCUUUCUCUGGGCUCUUUCCAUCUCUGUAAUUGCUGCAGUGACUUCUCUCUGCCUGUCUCAUCCACAUGAACACUGCCAGCUGGCUCUUGUCUCCAUGUAUGUCUUCAUUUUCCUUAUUUUCAUCCUACCCAUGGUCAUUUCCAAUGUGAUCCUGUUCAUUAAGAUCCUAUGUAGCUCCCAGCGACGUCAACGCAAGAGGUUAUACAUCGUUAUCUUCCUCACAGUCCUCUUCUUUCUCAUCUUUGCAGUUCCCCUCAGCAUCCAGAAAUUCCUACAGCAGUUUAACUACGAUUUUGGCCCUUCCCAGGUUGUUUUCUUGCUGGUCUGUAUCAACAGCAGCAUCAACCCAUUUAUCUACUUCCUGGUGGGGAGCUGCAGGAGGCAUUGCUCCUUGGUCUCUUUGAAGGUUGCCUUCCAAAGGGUCUUCGAGGAAACGGUGGUCACCACCACUGCCAGCUAA